UGUGAGAGUCCAGGCCUUCUGACAGCGGGACCUACAGGAUCUGAUCAGACCAGGAGCUCAGACAUGGCCGGCUGUUCAGGAUGUGGACCAGGAUACCGAAGCCCACUGGAUGCCAUGAAGGGUCCUCGGGAGGAGAUCGUCUACCUGCCCUGCAUCUACCGCAACACUGACAUCCUGAAACCUGACUACCUCGCCACUGUGGAUGUUGACCCGAAAUCCCCCACCUACUCCCAGGUCAUCCACCGGCUGCCGAUGCCGAACCUUCGUGACGAGCUGCAUCACUCCGGCUGGAACGCCUGCAGCAGCUGCUUCGGCGACGCCACCAAGAAGAGAAACCGUCUGAUUCUACCAUCACUCAUCUCCUCCAGGAUCUAUGUGGUCGAUGUCGGGACGAAUCCCAGAGCCCCGCAGAUCCACAAGAUGGUGGAGCCUGUCGAUCUGUACUGGAAGUGUGGCCUGGGGAACCCUCACACCACCCACUGCCUGGGCAACGGUCAGAUCAUGAUCAGCGGUAUGGGGGACCCAUCUGGCAACGGCAAAGGUGGUUUCAUCCUGCUGGACGGUGAGACGUUCGAGGUUGUCGGUAACUGGGAGCUCCCAGGUGAAGCUGCACCCUUUGGAUAUGACUUCUGGUACCAACCUCGACACAACGUGAUGAUCAGCACUGAAUGGGGGGCGCCCAAAGCUCUGGCCGAUGGUUUUAAUCCAGCCCAUGUCAAAGACGGUCACUAUGGACACUCCAUUCAUGUUUGGGACUGGACCACCCACAGGAGGCUGCAGACGCUUGAUCUGGGCGAGGAGGGGGCUAUUCCCCUGGAGGUCCGAUUCCUCCAUGACCCCGAUGCCACUGAGGGCUACGUGGGAUGUGCUCUGCGGGGAACCGUCUUCAGGUUCUACAAAACACCGAAAGGUGACUGGGCUGCAGAGAAGGUGAUCACUGUCCCGAGCAAGAAGGUGGAGGGAUGGCUGCUACCUGAGAUGCCAAGUCUGAUCACAGACAUCCUGAUCUCGUUGGACGACCGCUUUCUUUACUUCAGUAAUUGGCUGCAUGGUGACAUCAGACAGUAUGACAUCACAGACAGGAGGAACCCACGAUUGGUCGGCCAGGUGUUUCUGGGAGGAAGUAUCAUCAGUGACGGUCCGGUCAGAGUCCUGGAAGACCCCAAGAACCAGCCGCAACCCCCCCCACGCAUCAUCCAGGGAAAGCGUGUCCCUGGAAGUCCUCAGAUGAUACAGCUGAGUUUAGACGGUCGGAGACUUUAUGUGACGACGUCUCUCUACAGCGGCUGGGACAAACAGUUCUACCCCGACAUGAUCAGACACGGCUCAGUGAUGAUGCAGAUCGAUGUGGACUCUGUUCACGGGGGUCUCUCCGUGAACGAGAACUUCCUGGUGGAUUUUGGUAAAGAACCCCACGGUCCGGCUCUCGCCCACGAGAUCAGAUAUCCUGGAGGAGACUGCACGUCUGACAUCUGGCUGUGAAAACUGAUCUCAUGUUUCAGUGUAAACCUUCGUCACACGUCCUUUUAAUCACUGAGCCAGCUGCUGUCUCUGUUUACCUUCACAGCAACACAAUAUUAACAACAUUAAUAUCAAAUCAAUAAUCAAACUGUAUUAGUGGGAACUUUCAGGUGAAAGUAGGACAAAUAUAAACAGCUGGAGACGACGAACAGGUCGACCGGGUCCCAGCAGCUCAGAAAAGGGUCUGAAGCAGCUCAGCAACGAGACGACUCACAGACCUUCAUCCUCACAGCGGCAGCUUUUCACUAACUCGCUGCUCCUCCAGUCAGGUUCUGCAAAGCUCCACCUCUUUUGAACCUUUCUGGUCGACAGCGGUCACGUUUUUAACCGAUCGUCCUCCUUUAUUAUAGAAACGUGGGUCUCAGCCCCCCAGUGCUGCGUUUUCAUGUCGAGACAGUCAAAAUCCUGUGUCUCAAUUCAAGUCAGUCAGACUCGCUGUGUGAGAGUCUGAGUCACAGCGCCACCAUCUGGCUGAAAAAAGAUUAAAAUGACAAUAAUAAGAAGGCACGAUCAGAAGUCUGAUUGAAAACCACAUCUGACACACCAGAUCCAGACCUGACCCAGACCUGAUCAGACUGUCUGAGACGUCUGGAUCAGAAGUCUGAUUCAAAACCACAUCUGACACACCAGAUCCAGACCUGAUCAAGGCCUGAUCCAAACCUGAUCCAGGCCUGAUCCAGACCUGAUCCAGGCCUGAUCCAAACCAGAUCCAGACCAGAUCCAGACCUGAUCCAGACCUGAUCCAGACUGUCUGAAAGGUCUGGAUCAGGUCUGGAUCGGAGUAGCAGAGCAGAAACAAACCACUGAGUGAUUCACAAACCAACAGGAGGAUUUUAAAGCCGAAUGAAGUCCUGGUUCUGGUCCUGAAUCAGCUGCUUUCUGCCGCUCUGCAUCACCGAGAUCAUCUGAAGACCUUCAUGAUCAAACAUCUGAAUUCUUUUGUGAAUUACUGCCGUCAUAAUUUUAAUGUUUGGCUCGUCGGUGGCGGGAGAAGUAAAAAACCGACGUUGUGACGCCGUGUGAAACGUCGAUCAAACAGAUUCUGAUCACCUGCUGAGCCUUUGUGACACAAACUCACCUGAAAACAGCACAGAGUCAGAAGACAGGUCGACUGGUGACAGGUGAGAGUAUCAUGACUGGCAGGAGAUUACUACCAGGACUCAGGAACACUUCAGAAAACUGUUGCCAGGAAACACAGUUAGUUUGUUAAUGACUGAUUCUGUUUGAUUGAUGUUUCACAGAGUCCGGACUGUUCUGGGAUCAGGGCUGUGAGUCACAGUACAGGAGAAUCAGCAUCAAAAUAUACUAGUAAAAGUACUCGUUACACAGAAUGGAAAUAUUGUAAUGGAGUAAAAAAUGUAGUCAAGUACAAGCAUAAAGUAGCAGAAAACUGAGAUACUCAAGUAAAGCACAAGUACCUCAUAAUUGUGCUUUUAGUGCAAUACUUGCGUAAAUGUACUCAGUUACUUUCUAACCUUUUGCUUGUGAAGAAUCAACAGCUGCAUCCAGCCUGACCAAUCAGACGUCAGCUGAGACUCAGGUACAUGUGUCAAAAUAAAACAAACCUGUCUGACCUGCUGGGACCUGUCAGUCACACCUGUCUCCUGCAGCACCACCUGCUGGUCAAACUGUCACAUCACAAUGUUUGAAUAAAGUUCCGUUUGAUCGUCGUCUGUCUGAUACUUUCACCUGCAGAUUAUAAUCGUUACAGAUGUGAUUUACUAAAUACAAAAGCAGCAAUAAAGUCUAAAUGUUCCAUUAAUCCUUCAGAAUACGUUUGAUUUUAGGAUUGAUGUCUUUUACUGCUUUUCUCUGAGCACCUCUGAAAUGUUUCGCCUUCCAUUUCAAAAUAAAGGAAUAAAAACUG